AGGUCCACGCCUGGCCUAGUGGAUUCCGGCUGCUGCCUGCCGAAAAAUCAGCCGUAAUAAAGAGCCUGAAGGGAGAUCGCCAUUUGGCUGGAAGGGCUUGGCUGUGCUGCGGGCUUGUGGGUGCCUGGGGUUUGGUUUUCCUGAGUCCCACACAAGGCGGGACUCGAGGCUUCGGCCCUGGCGCUUAAGACGGGAGGGGAAAAUGCAGGCGGGUCACGGGCAGGUGCUGUGUAACUACGCGGGAUUUCUCUGUUUCCUGCAGUUUGACUUGUGAACACAUCUCCCAUAAUAGUCAGAGUAAUGGCCACCUACACUUGCAUCACUUGCCGAGUGGCUUUCAAGGAUGGUGAUAUUCAGCGUGCCCAUUACAAAACCGACUGGCAUAGGUACAACCUGAAGCGUAAAGUUGCUGACAUGCCUCCUGUUACUGCUGAGAAUUUCCAAGAGAGAGUCCUGGCACAGAGGGCAGUAACAGAGGAGCAGAACAAAAUCACUGCCACUUACUGCACAGUGUGCAGCAAGAGGUUCUCCACCUUUAAUGCUUAUGAGAAUCACCUGAAGUCCAAGAAGCACCUGGAGCUGGAGAAGAAAGCUGUCCAAGCUGUCAGCAAGAAGGUGAAAAUAUUAAAUGAGAAGAAUCUGGAAAAGGGGCUGGCCCCAGAGAGUCUAAACAAAGAUGAGAUGAACACAGCUAUUCAGCAAGCCAUCAGAGCCCAACCAUCUUCGUCUCCAAAGAAGACACCUCUACCUCCUAGUAAUGCGAGUAGCUCUCCUGUUUCCAGGGAAAGCACCAGCUUGUCCCAGAGCAGAGAAAGACCAGAAAUACCUCCACGGCUGCAGUGGUUUGAACAGCAAGCAAGGAAGCUGGCCAAGCAACAAGCAGAGGAAGAAGAGGAUAAUGAGGAAGACUGGGAAGAUAUGGAUUCUGAUGAAGACAUUGGCUCUGAUGAAGAGAUGGAAAGUGUGGAAGAAGAAGAAGAGGAACAGCAGGCAGAGGCUGAAAGUAUUCCUGCUGUUGGGGCCAUACCAGUCACAGACUGCUUGUUCUGUCCCCAUCACUCAAGAUCUCUCACAAAAAAUGUGGCGCAUAUGACAAAAAUCCACAGCUUCUUUAUUCCAGACAUCGAGUAUCUUGUGGAUCUCAGAGGACUAAUCAAGUAUCUUGGAGAGAAAGUCGGCGUUGGGAAAAUCUGCAUCUGGUGCAAUGAAAAGGGGAAAUCCUUCUACUCUACAGAAGCAGUCCAAGCUCAUAUGAAUGAUAAAAGCCACUGCAAACUCUUCACAGAUGGAGAUGCUGCCCUGGAAUUUGCAGAUUUCUAUGAUUUUAGGAGCAGUUAUCCUGAUCAUGAGGAUAGGAAGGAUGUGGAGGGUCUUGGAAAGCACUCGUCAGAGAAAGAGUUGGAUUAUGAUGAUGACACCAUGGAGCUCAUCCUUCCAUCAGGUGCCAGAGUGGGUCACCGUUCCUUGAUGAGGUACUACAAGCAGCGUUUUGGUGUGACAAGAGACGUGGCUGUUGCAAAAAACAAGAAAGCUGUGGGUCGGAUGCUGCAGCAGUACCGAGCCUUGGGCUGGACAGGGCAGGCAGGGGCCAUCUCUGCUCAGCAGUGUGACAUGCAGUACCUGCAGAGGAUGAAGUCAAAAUGGAUGCUCAAGACAGGAAUGAGUAACAAUGCUACAAAGCAGAUGCAUUUCCGGAUGCAAGUCAGAUUCUGAGUUCCAAAGAGAGCUGCCUACAACUGGUUAUAGGAAGGGGUACUUAAUGGUUUCUGGGUUGUGGAUUCCCUUAUUAAAAUGAACUAGGUACCUAUCAAAUACUGAUGUGUUUGCUGGUGUCUUCCUCUGUAAAAAGAAGAAUGACAGGGAACUUGUCUUUUCUGAAAUAAUGGUGGGCCUAAUUUAAAAAUAAAGUAUCUUCAGUGGAA